CGCUCUGACUCUGACUCCGCCCGCCCGCCCCGGGCUCGAGUUGAAGCGGCCGCCGAGCGGCGGGAGUCAGGCCCGGGGAUCGGGGAUCGGGGAUCGCGCCGCCAGGCCCCGGCUUCCCUCCCAGCUGCGGCCCGACACAAACCACAGGCCGUGGCUCCGGCGGCGGUGAGUGAGAUAAGAUGACGGAUAUUCGCCACUCCCUAUUACGCCGCGAUGCUUUAAGUGCCGCGAAAGAACUCCUGUACCAUCUGGACAUUUUCUUCAACAGCCAGCUGCAGAAUGUCCCUGGAUCACUGGUUGACAAAUCCACCAUUGAGCUGGUCGAGGAAUUUAUAUUUCAACUUCCAAAAGAACGUAAUGCUCAACCAAAAAGAUUGAGUUCAUUGCAGGAGCUACAACUGCUGGAGAUCAUGUGUUGUUAUUUCCAAGAACAAAGUAAAGAUGCAGUUCGACAGAUCAUCUUCUCUGCACUGUUUGGUCCUCAGGGUAAUAAAGCUGAUGACAAUAGACUGGCUAUGUUGGGGAAACUCGUCUCCAUGGCCAUAGCAAUCUGUCGUGUUCCCAUUCUGGAAUGUACUGCCAUGUGGUUACAGAGAACACACGCGGUAUUCUGUGUGAAACUUGCGAAGGUCUUGGUGGAGGAUUACUGCAUUCUGGUGCCUGGCUCUGUACAGACACUCAAGCGGAUUGUUCACGCCAGUCCACGCUUCUGCUGCCAGCUGAUCACUGCAGUCACUGCCCUCUAUGACCUCUCCACAGAUGACCUGAUUCCUCCACAAGAUCUGCUGGAGAUGGUCGUAUCCUGGGUGUUCGAGGAUCCACGGUUGACACUCAUCACGUUCUUGAACAGUGCAGCGAAUCUCCCACGCGGGUUUCUGGAGCUGACACCGCUGCCAGGCCUGAUCCGCUGGUGUGCACUUGCACCACUAGCUUACAAAAGGAACUGCAAGACUCCCUCAGCACCAAGCUUUGUGAAUGGGCACAGCAACAAAAUGUGCAAGGAGGUUGAAAGUGACGGAAACAAGGACAUCAAGAUCCUUUACUCAAAGCUGCAUCUAAGUGUCCUUCAAGUCCUUAUGAUUCUUCAGGGCCAUUUAACGGAGAAAAACUUGUACGGACGGUUAGAACUCAUCAUGUUCGAUCACAUCGAACGGCUUGUUGGAGACAUUAACAAAUUGGUUAAAGAACUGAACCUUUCGAAUCCCGUGAAGGAGGUUGAACUGGCGUUGGACAGGUUAGCUCAAGCUCUGCAAGUUGGUAUCGCAUCAGGAGCGCUGCUGUGUGCCCGAGAUAAUUUGCGUUCCAUCUGCUCUGCACUUCCACCUCACAACUUGCUUCAGUUGGUUUUGACGGGACCAGUCCAGCAGCCAUCACAUACAGCGUUGCCGCCUGGCUUCUACCCACACAUCCACACGUCCCCAGCUCGCUACCCCAUGUACUCAACUCACCCGGUGCAGACGUACAUGCCGGGCAUGGCUUUCUCCUAUCGGCCGAUCCGGUGAAAGAUUCUCCAUUACAAAGAUAUCCAUCCACCUCGUUCGUGGAUAUGUAUAGUUUUUGCAUUGAAACCAAUUGCGAAGAGUUAUUUCAGUACCUUUUUUUAAAAACUGAAAAUUUGUACUUAUCAAUGAAGAUAAAAUGAAUUGGUUGAAACCA